UAAAUGGCAACGGAAAAGAUUCGUCCUUAAAUCGUGUUGAAUGGGUUAUAACCCAUCACACCUUCGUAAAAAGAAUCCAGGAGGUACUUUUUAUGAAAUGUAAAUAACAGUUUCUAUUGAAGCUUUAAUCGAAUUAGUUCGCAUUAUUUCAUCAAAGAAAAUGUUAACUUAAAGUCAUAUAAGGACAUUAAACAAAUAAAAAGAUAUACUCGAAUAGUACGUCAAAGAUUUGCGUUACGUAACCGUGGAUUGGUUGGUCCGGAAUACUCCAUAACAAGUGAAAGGAUAUUAAACAUAUAAUAAAUUUUUGCCAUCACCCCGUCCUGGAUUGUCAGAUAUAUUUACAUUUAAAUUGUAAAUUGUUCAGCAAUAUGGGAAUAUUGAAGUAGUCGCAAACGUAUUGCAUGGUAAAUGGAUAUGCCAGCUCUGUAAAGAGAAAUAUGAACUGUCUAUCUCACUUGAACUGUGCAAAUAUAGUCAGAAGCCCUAUCUAGAGAACAAACAGACACACAAAGAAACAGAAUUUACAAAAUUUAUCCGAUAUUGUUUGAUCAAUGACAGUUGUAAAUCUGCUUGACAAAUCGAUAAUUAGAAAUUUGUUAUCUUUGUUUCGUUAAUUCAAGAUUUUGCCUAAGAGUAAUUUAUCUAAAUACACAUUGUUAAUAAUUUGAAACAAAUCGCCGAGAUGGAAUCUAUUUUGAAAACUAGUUGUUCAGAAAAGGUGAAUUCAAGGGCAAUCAGUCCUUUGAGAAGGUGCGAGAGUUCAUUAGCAAGAAUAUUUCCAAACAUGUCUGAAAUGUUGUCACGAGAGGACAGAAACCAACUUUCUCGCUUAAAUAAAGCAAAACGUCAACGCCUACGACCAAAUCAAACUGUUUCCAUAGAUUCAUCACCGAUGAUGAUGCUUCCAAAAGCAAGAAUCAGGAACGAUUACAAUCAGUUGAACAGACGAAAAAUGAGUGUGAUUUCGGCAGACGAUACAUCGGGCCUCCAUCUUUCUACAAUUUCAGGUUCUGCCAUUGUUUCAAAAUCCUUUUCCAAGUCUUCAUUGCGAAAUCAUCAUCACAGUAGUCGAAGUGAUGUGGAUAGUGGUAUUGGUUCGAUGAGAAGAAGUGUAACGUUCGAUGAAAUCAGCUUUGGACGAUCAUCGUUUAAAUCAAUAGACGAUAUCGACGCAAUAUCGGACUUUGACCAACAAGAAAGUAAGGAAAGGGACGAUCAUAUAUACGAGCCAUUCCCUGAAGGCAGAUACAAUGAAAUGCCUCAGUAUGUGGACACAUAUAGUGAUAAUCAAUUUACACCUCCCAAAUUUUCAAAGAAGAAAAAACAAAAACGUGUUGUUCCUGCAACAAAUCCGGACACCGAGGAAAAUCACGAAGCAAAUUGUCCUAUAUGCAGUGGAUUUAAUAAUCAAACGGCGAGAAUGCAGAAAUAUUUCGGUGGUGUUGACGAAUUUUUCAAAUGGUUUUGGUCAAGGUGGGGGAAGGGACCGGAGAAGAACAAUUUCCAACGAAGAAAUUAUGGCUUCCAAGGUUAUAGACCCAGAUUCUGCAAUAUCGUCAAAAGUAUGCAGUUACAUUCAAGAGAGGGGCGGGAUAUGUCUCCGUGUACAGGGGACUCUGGCUUUGAUGAAUUUGAUUAUUUCACAAAAGACGGGAGGAUGAUAAACCGAUGGAGGAAAGAAAGCACAACAAGCAAAGCCAAUCGUCAUACAAGAAAUGCCUUAGACAUGUGGCUAUCUUUGGGAGAGGACGAAUAUGGAAAUCGAGUGAAUUUCAGACCAAAUUACAUGUUUGGCUUGUUCAGCUCCAUACCAGAACAUCCUGAGGUUAAACAAGAUGAUUUAUCUACAAUUCCAGAGGAUAGUGAAUUUAUACGAGACGUUUUAUCGAAAGGAGCAGGUAGCGGACUUGAUGGCAAACCCGGAACACCUACCUCAAUCAACGAAGAUUUAGAUCGUAUGGACUUGACCAAUUUGAAUAAUGAGGAUUAUGAUCCGGAGUCAAUUGAACUGGUACCUCCAGUUGUUAUUGUAGAGAGUAAGUCGGGCAAACCACUGCACCGUCUGUCUAUCGAUAUCAAACUUGCUUCUGGAUUACAAGACGACGACGAUGAUUUAUUAAAGAAAAAGAGAACUAUACAUACACUGACCAUACCCGAUGACAGUACAUAUAGAAAUACUGACGACGACAAUAGAGCCUCGGAAUCACCUACACAACCCCCUCCUUCGCCAAAUAUUUCGUUCUCGAAAGAAACAGUGAAACCACCUUCUCCUCCUAAAAAGAAGGCACCCGUCACUAAGAAAACAUUAGAAAAGAAACCGUUCAACAAAAAGAAAAAGGAAGAUAUGGAAAAAACAGUUGAAGAACCGCCACCACCGAGAGAACCAACACCACCGCCACCACCUGUCGAGGAAAAAAAAGAACCAGAAAUAGUAGUAAAUCUGCCAGAACCAACCUUGCCUGAAUUUAAAGAACCAGGACCAAAACAAAAGAAAGAGAAAAAUAAACCUGAAAAAUUUGCUAUUCCGAAAACUGAAAAACCUAAAAUAGAAGAUGAUAGCUUGUUUAGUGAUGCAUUAACAGACCAUUUAAAGAAGUUUGAACUAAUGGUAUCAGACAUGACUAGUCCAGAGGAAUCACCAAAGAAACAUACUAACAAACCGGUGAAGAUAACAGGCAGAUUAGCUCUGUCACAACAGUCCAGUAGGUUCACAUUACCCAUGGAUAUGAAAGAGCUGGAAACGAUGACUCCUAAGCAAUAUAUCGUAAAGUAUUGUAAAAUUACAAAGAGACGACAACACUUGUAUGAUAAUGUUUAUAGACAAACGGUCGGUGCUGUGACUAAACCAAUGCAUUAUAAGGAGUUGGAGAAAGCCUUGAAGAAUGUACUAGUAGAUACUUUAAAUCAUGAACAUUAUCAAUAUAUUUGUGAACUCUUAGAAAUAAAGGAAGGUGAAGAUAUAAACUCAGACUUAUUUGCAAAAAUGUCAGCUUUAGCAGAAAGAUUGCUUUAUCCACAAUAUGUAACGAAAGAAACAGAAGACCACAAGGAUUAUCAGAAAGAAUUAAUAGAGGUAGCAGAUUUUAGUGCGUUGGAAUGGAAAUUUCAUGGCGUCAAUGUUAGACCUGAUAUUCAAAAACUACUCAAAACAUUGUGCUGACUUGUUGAAGUUUAUUGUUUGCUUAGUCAGAUACUACUCAAAUGAUCAAAUAUCUGCUGGAAAGGUAUUAAUAGUUGUCUUGGUUCAAUAUUGAAACUAUUAAGAAAAUACAAUGAACAUGGUCGGCGGUGAUCGUCUAGGAUAAAAGUUUCAAACUAGGAGCAGCAAUAUACACUUUUUUAUUUGUUGAAAAAAUUGAUAUUUGCAAUGUAAUUUAAAGAUAAGACUCUAUGUCUAACAGUUUCGUUAUACUGUCAAUUGUAAAGAUUUUCUCCUUGAAAGAUGGAAAUGCCAAAACUGUCAUGAAACUCUAAACUUAGUGUUCCCUCCUGUUCUGUGUUGAAGGCUACAACAUCAAAGAAAGUAUUUAAAAAAAUAUAUAAUAGAUGAUUUAAUUUAAAUUUUUUAAAGUUAUGGUAAAUGAGACUUGAUUACUGUGACAAUACUAAUCUUUUACCAUAACUUUUGAAUGAGAUCGGAAAUUCAUAAAUUUAGUAUGUUUUAUUCUGUUAUAAUUCUGUAUUUUUAAUAUAAGAUAUUGUGUUUUUAUACAAGUGAUAUUUACGGGAUUAGGAAGUCUUUUAAAACAGCUAUGCACAAAUGAAAUAAAUAAAAUGAUGAAUUAUCCAAUGUUAUUGAAAUCUAAAAUAAUGUAUGUUUAUUCUUAUUUUUGAAAAGUAAAAAUUACUUUACUAGUCUGAUAAUAUAUAUAGCCCUAAAUGAAAAUAUAAUAUGAUGGGUCAACUAUUGAUUGUAAUGCAGAUUUUUGAAACUUUAUAUGCACUUAUGUGCUUAUAAAAUUAUCAAAAUUAAUGUAACUUCAAAUUGUUAAUUUAUUUUUGUCUCUAUUAAAAUAUGAUGAGAGCAAAGUCUUUGUUUUCAUCAAUGAACCAAUUAA